AUGCUCGAUGUUGUUAGAGACGCUGCUCUCGGGCAAUGGCUUCGCCUCUUGGGAGCUAGCCAUCUUGCACCGUACCCCGAAGAACUUCCCGAUUUCAAGUUACCCCCUGCAUAUUCUCCCUGCGAACAACCACCAUCACUCACGAACAAGAAACCCAACACACCUACAACAGUCAACGAAAUGGAGGAAGGGCGACCUCAAACCACUAAUGAAACAAAGAAUGACAUGAUAGACAUCACCCUAGUCACUUGGUACUCGGAAGAUGAUCCAGAAAAUCCUCACAACUGGUCACUCGGAAAGAAAAUUUGGCUUAGCAUGCUCCUUCUAGUAUAUACGGUCUCGGUCUACAUUGGAUCAUCUCUGUAUACCGCAAGCGAAACCGACAUCAUGUCUAUCUUUGGAGUGAGCAACACCCUUGCCGCUCUUGGACUUUCUCUCUACAUUCUCGGCUAUGGAAUAGGGCCAUUAGUAUUCGCUCCACUCUCUGAAAUUCCAGAAAUUGGACGGAAUCCUCUUUACAUCUAUACUUAUAUUAUUUUCGUUGCUCUCGCCGUCGCAGCGGCAUUAGCAUUCGGCCCGCUUGUAGGUGGCUUUGCAGUUCAGGCAAAGGGAUGGAGAUGGAGCUCUUGGGAACUGCUUUGGUUCGCAGGCCCCAUGUUGCUUGUAGUGCUAAUAGGUCUACCGGAAACAUCGGCUGACCAUCUUUUGCUUUGUCGAGCAAAGCGCCUUCGAGGAUUGACGGGCCGCUCGAACCUCAAGUCAGAAUCUGAGAUUAAACAAGCCCAGCUAUCCCCUCGACAAGUCGCUUUCGAUGCCUUGACCAAACCGUUUGAGAUUAACAUCCUCGAUCCAGCUAUGCUCUUUACGACUUUAUACGCGGCUCUGACAUACAGCUUGUAUUAUUCAUUUUUUGAGUCCUUUCCCCUUGUAUAUAUCGAUAUAUAUGGCUUUGACCUUGGAGAACUCGGCUUGUCAUUUGUAUCAGUCUUGACUGGACUUUUUGUGAGCAUAGCCUUGUACUGCGGCUAUUUCUAUUACAUAGGGCAUCCGAGAAUGUCGAAAAUGGAAUCGGUGCCCCCUGAGGCUCGCUCAUGGCCCGGGUUGAUUGCGAGUUUCCUCAUUCCGAUUGGUCUAUUUAUUUUUGCCUGGACAUCCCGAAAAUCAAUCCAUUGGAUUGUCAGCCUCGUGGGCAUCGCGAUCAGCAUGUGUGGAGUAUUCAUAAUUAUCCAGUGCAUGUUUAUAUACAUUCCGUUCACUUACCCAAAAUACGCUGGUUCCCUCUUUGCAGCGAACGGCUUUGCGCGAAGCGCUUUCGCCGCUGCGGCCGUCCUCUUUGCAGGACCGAUGUUUUCACGGCUCGGGGUUGAUGGUGGUGUUAGUUUGUUUGGAGGGCUAACAGUUCUAUGCAUUUUUGGUAUCUUUGGCAUCUACUAUAGAGGGGCUACACUGAGGAAGAGAAGCAGAUUUGCCGUUUCUUGA